ACGGGUAGUUGACAUCUGUUUGCCGUUAGCUCAACACUGGUGCUGCUGCUGCUGAGCCUCGGUGGAGUGUGUGUGAGUGUGUGAGUAUGUGUGAGUGUGUGUGCUGAUGGUGGACUGUUCCCGGUAAGAGACGCCGAACCCGGCCGCGUGAAAAAUGCCUCACAGCCGCGUGUAAACCGUCGAAGCUCGCGGAGGGGAGAGAGAGAGUCAGGUGUCCUGGCGGCUAGAGAGGAAAAUAUGAGCAGGAUGUUGCAAGUUUUAGCGUGUGGCGCCGUAGUUUUCCCCGGUCUCUUCUUCGCCUUCAGGAAGAUCCUACCGUGUGUGUUCAAACACUGGAGCGAUGCCGACGUGGUACUGGUCAGCGAGAGGCUGGUGUCCUCUAUCCAUGCUGCCAUGGCAACCACAGCAGGAGCUGUCGUUGUGUCAUCAUGCUGCGGCAACGUCAUUAACGACAGGCACUGGCUGGCCACCUACUUUGUCAUCUGGUACGGUGUCCCCUACAUGACAUACGACAUCUUUGCCAUGUACCUCAGUCACUACUACCGCUUCCACGUCAAAGGGCACGAGGACUACAAGCAGCAUUCACUGAGGACCAUAAACUCCUUUGUCCGUAAGGAGUUCCUGCUGGUCCUGCAUCACAUCGCUCUGCUCACCAUCCUGCUGCCUGUCACACUGUUCUUCAGAAAGGACCAGGGGGAUUUCUUCAUCGGCUGCUUGUUUCUAACAGAGCUCAGCACGCCCUUCGUGUCCCUGGGGAAGAUACUUAUUCAGCUCAGCCUCCAGGACUCCUGGCUGCACAAGGUCAAUGGCGGUAUGGUCCUUCUCACCUUCUUCAUGUGCCGCAUCGCCCUCUUCCCGUUCAUGUACUGGAUGUACGGCCGUCACUACGGCAUCCCUCUCUACAGCGUGCCGUUCCACCUGCCGCUCUCCGCCAACCUGGGCAACUCGUGCAUCUUGGCGCCGCAGGUCUACUGGUUCGUUCUGCUGUGCCGAAAGGGCUACCGUCUUUACCAGCGCAGCCGCAGCCCGGCCUCAUCUCCCACGGCCGACACCGCCGCCAUCACUGACAGUUCAAAAGAUGAUUGAUACGCGGACCACGACCGCUUGCUCUAGCCACACACUCAGCUACUAACGCUCAGCCCAACCAUCGUACUGUAGUACACCAGGACUGCCUGCUCUCGUUCCACAACUCCCGGGCAUUUUCCGCACACUUCAACCAACUCCUCUGCCUACGUGGACCUCUCCACCUCCAAUCUAACUCUACUACUGAAGUUUAGUGAUUUUAAUUUUUUUGGGAUGUGACUCUGGCCUGGAUCUCGCUGAAGUGCUUCACUGUGUCUGAAUACAUUUACAACACUGAAAAAAAAAAAAGAAGAAAAGAAAGAUGAUGUUUGCUGUACUGCAAGUGAAAUGUGGAGCAAACGCACCAGAAACUAAAGAGGAGAUAUGAUCCUUACUCCUACUGUUUACAGCUGCUGAUUGGAAAGGCCUGUUACAGUGUAUGUUUGUGGGUGUUAUGGCUGGUUUUGAUUUAAGAAUAACGUGUCAGAUAGUUGGAUUUCCUUUCAGAUCAUUUUAUUUGUCACGCUGGUGACAAGGAUUGGGGCCUGUGGUGAGAGGCAUGGAAGUUCAGGCAGUAUUAGCAGAGAUGAGGAAUACGCGUCACCAAGCAGCUACAUCGUUACCCGGUUAAUGUGAUAGCCUCUGACUUUUCACCAGUUUAUCAUAGUGCACACCAUUACCUACACUCAUCUUCAUCGCAGUGUUUCCACCCUUCAUUUUCAGGUUUUUAGUUUUCCAUUAUCUGUAGGAAACUAUUUUUGACACCAUGAUUGAUUAAGAAAUGGCCCUCUCUCACACAGGGUUUUUUUUUUUUUUAAACAGUAAUAUUGUAAGGUCUUGCCCUGAGAUCAUUUUUUUCUCAGGUGUGAAGUUCAGCUCCUCAGCAGAUAAAAUUAAAAAAAUCAUACCUGGUUUAUUCUUCAAGGUCAUCUUCUCGUGGAGUUUUUCCUAAAUUUAAGUUCCAUUCUGGCCACUUCUACUUGUUCCUCCUCGAUGUGUGGUGGCUCUCCUGCAGUGGAUCCAAACUGUGACUGCUUAACUUUUGUUUUGUAUUCUCAGUGAAAAUGGGGAGUAUCGACCUCAGUACCACACUGUCUUUAAAUGGCCACCAGGAGGCGACUUUUCUGGCUGCAAAAACACUUCUGGAGGGGGGGAUUAGCCCUCACCUCGUUUUCUCUUCGACCGCGAUGCUUUCCUGACGACUUUAUGGGCUCAAGCACUAAUUUGAGGGUCAAAUUUUAUAGUCAAUCUAAGGGCCUGAGAGAAGGACUAUCCAGGAUGUGAUCACUCGCUCCGCCCCUCUCUCAUCACAUCUUGUUUUUUAAAUCCCAAGAUUGUGACAGCAGGAGCUCUCAGCUUGUAGCUUGAUAAUUUUGCAAUGCGAGGGGUGGGGAAAAAAGGGGGGAGGGGGGGGGGGGAGUGAAAAGGGGAAGAUGUGAGAAGAAGUAAAGCUAAUGCAGGACAGGAAAGACACCAGAUUGUCAAAGUAAAACAGGAAAUAACCAAAUGAGAGGUUAACAAGGACUUUUAAAAAAAAUGAAUUCAAACCAAGGAUCCUUUUCGGAGACUUUUGCUCAUCCACAAAAAAUUAUUAUUUUGUUUCUCCCUUGUAGCUGCAGGCCCCGCUCUUCUCACCAGUUAUGAUUCUUGACACAAAAGUUGGGUCAAUUCAAAAGAAAACCCGACGUUUGCUCACCUUGAGGUUGACAGUAAGGCUUGAGUGGACAGAACAGGACUUCCAGGAAGUGAUUUUAAAAAAGAAAUGGGGCCCCAACCGAGGUGAACAGUAAGAUGAGACCAGUGAACUUUAAGCCAGGUAUGAUUUUUGGGGUGGGGGGUGCGGCAUUAUGGAGUCUGCAAUCACUGGAUAGAUUCAGUUCAAUGCUUCUGUUUUUUGCCUCUCAACGUCACUCAGUCCAGUCUGACGGGGUGAUGUGGAAGGUACCAUGAGGCCCAAUGAAGGUCAAGCGGCUCCCAGCAAAACUCAGGGGCAAGGUCAGAGCGAUAAAUGGAGGGGUGUGGCUCUCCGGGCCAAACAAUCAAACAAAUACUUUAGAUUAUUUAUAUGCACUUGUGUAUCAGGGGUUGCACUCAUCACAUAGGGGUUUUUAGAGAGUUACAUUAACUAUCACUUAAAUUAAAUAUAUAUCUUGACUAGAAUAGAGAGGAUCAUUUUAUUGUGCAAAAUUCCAGUUAUUAUGAAAGAAAUGAAACUUCUUACAAAUUAAUCAAAUCAAAAAACAAAGAAUUCUGCAUAUUAUGCAUUAAAUGUCCUUUUUUUUGGUUUCCUUUCAAUUCAGUCUAUGCAAAACAAAUGUUGGUGCAUGUAUAACUGAACUAACAUCAGGUCAUAUCAAGCUCAUCCAUCCCUCAUAUGAUGUGCUCUUUGCACAGUUUUCUAGGAAUCUGUGUUUAUCUCUACUCUACAUUUCAGUCUUAUUACUGAGUCUUAGUUGUUUUAAUUUUUUUAUUUAUUUAUAAUCGCGUAAUGAUUAAAAAUAAUUUCAUAUUCAUUGUUAGUUUGUUUUAGUGCACAUGGACACAUUAGAGCUGAAUCAAAACUCACUAAAAAUCCAUUUAAAUGGAACGUGGCGCAGCUAACAGCUAACAGGCAUGCAGCAAACCGCCUUAUGUUAAUCCAGAGUUUUUGUGUCUUUGCUUUCAAAUCUAAAUUGUUGUCUCCCUCUUUUUGGCAGCUUCCGCCAAGCUGUUGUAUAAAUGAUAAAGCAUAAUGUAACAGUAGUACAAGUUGGAGCACAGAAAGCUUCUGAACUCUCUGUUGCCCAGAUUAUUGAUGAACACAUUCUGCAUGACAGCUCAGAUAUUUUUCCCUCUGUGAGUCUGAUCAUCACAACUUGUUGUGAGGGGGGGAGCUAAAGAAGAAGCCUGUUAGCUGAGCAGCAGUGUGGGGAAGAGGAGGCGAGCCGGGCAGCUGAAUGAUGGGCUUGUUUGUCGAGGUUGGCUGGAGUGCGUCAGGGUGCUUUUGUUACUGCAAACAUUCCUCGCUCUUUGUGUUGCUUUUCUGCAUCUUUCAGCUGAAUUUCUCCCACUUUCUCUUUAUGAUGAUUCUAAUAGUAUUAAAAGAAUUACGAUAUCAGUUUAUCGGCUGUUAUUUUUUUUACACGUAGAGGGUUUAAACAUUCUCCAAAUCCCAAAAAAAUCAGAUCCAUCCCCAGUUAAGGCAGUGAGUCUGGGCUACCUUAACUCUGUGCAAGUAAAACCCCGCUUCUCAGCAUGUAUUUACACACAAGGUGUUUAUAUUCUUGCUAAAGACAGAACUACAGUUCAGAACUGUGGAUGUUUUUGUCCCAGAUUCAGGUUUCAGAACAUUACAACUCUCCCGCGCAAAAAAAUGGAGUACAUCUAGUCUCUUACACUGCAAGGAGGGGUUAAUAAUAGGAGGCUGUUGUUUCAGCCCCCUACGAUGAAGAAGACGCGUCUCAGUGGAUUAUCUUCUUCCCCACUUAAAUGUCCUCAGUGUCUGGUCUGCUUCUGGGAUGACCUCUGAGAUUGAGAUUAAUAAACUGGGCUUGAGUCUAACAGCUGGUUUAAAGUCUCCACUUUCACUGCAGUUAUAAUCAAUAAGUUCGACUCUACUUAAAGUUACUGUCCCACUGUUUCUGCUCCUUUCAUUCAUUUGAACUCAGCCCUAUCUCCUGGUUUGCUGUGAAGCUAGCAGAGCAGAAUGAGCCCUCACCUCCUCUCUACCGCCCUCUGCUGUCAGGCCCAUCCACUGCUUGUCCACUCUGAAGGCUGUGCAGUUGAGAUUAAAUAUCUCAAUUUUUCAGCCAGCGUAACCUCACCCUCCGCGAAAUCUUGCGGCAAAAACUGACAGGUACAUUUGUUUUCUUGUGUUCGGAGGAGGGGACAGAACAGAAAGAACUCGCUGUGGGAAAGUGUGUGCUUUUUUGUUUGUUUGGGGUUUUUGUGUGAUACCCUAAAGUUGAGUCUGUCUUCAUAGCUUGCAUAAAUGCCAUCUUGUUGACUUUUUCCUAAGAGGACUUUUAGAAGAUUGCUCUGAAGCUUUCUUUUGGCCAGGAUUUGGCCUCUCUGCUCAACAGGAUGUUGAAUUUUAGUGGCUUCACUAAUAAAAUUCAGUCUUAGUUUUGAAAGCGUGGGAAAGAUGUUUUAAAAUGUUAAAGAAAAAUUAAAAUAUAUAAACAUUCCUUCUGUAAAACUGACCCCAAUUUCAACAAUUCAAAUCCUUUAUUAACCAUUUUUCAUCCCUUAUUGACUCAUUUAUCUUUGUUUUUUCAUAGCCAGGCGACAACAAGCCCCAUUACUUUCAUUGCUUGAGAGCAUCACUGCCGCAUGAAAUCAUGAGUAGUAUAAGUGCAUAUCUUUCUACAUCUAUCACUCAGUAGGCUCUGAUUAUAGAAGACCAUAAAUUCAUCCUCUUUCCUCAGGGUUUGAUGAACUUGUUAGGAUACCGUGUGUGUAAUGUAGAGGUUUACUGUAAGAUGACGAAGCUAUGAGAAUGAUUCUGAAGAGGAUCACAGUGUGCUGUUGCUUUCUACGUGAUGUUUUUCAAAGCAUCAGUUUUCCUUUCAGAUUAUUCUGGUAUUCAUGCCUCCUGACAUGGCUUGUGAUACUUCAGCUUCUAAGGGUUGGUAAAUCAAAGACUGAUUGCAGUAACUAUAGUCAGAUUCUUUUCAGUCUUGUCUUAAUGGCUUAAAGUUACCCACAUGUCACCCCAACUAAAAACCUAACUAACUUCCCAUCUUGUCAUCCUUUCUGGGUCCUAUAAGCUCACCAACACUGGGAUAUAUUGGAGGAAAUCCUCUGCAUUCAGAAGUUUGGGAUCAGUUUGUUAAUUAAGGGAAAAGCUCAUUUUUAGCUCCAUAUUUUAUUCAUGGGCUCCACCAGAGUAGCUUUGCAUGAUUCACGGUUCAAAAUCAUCCUUGUUCUGUGACAUUCAAGGGUAAAUUUUUUUUUUUUUUUUAAUAAAUGUCUGAACGACAUUUAACAUGAGCUAAAUGUCAGUUAUGACAGAAAAUCAGGAAAAGCACAAUUGACCCCCAUUACUCAUAAAUUAUUAAUGAUGUUUAAUAGAUGCCUCCCACCAGGUGCAGUCUGCUUGAUAUCAAAGUGGGUAUCCCCGAGUUAAGGGUAUUGCAUGCCUAACCUCUGGGCAAAAUUCAGUGCAAUCACCAGGCAUUGCUGUCCUGAUGCUACUUCAGUGUAACUGCAAGGUUUUAUCAUUUUAAUCUCCUUGAUAAUUACAUAAGCAAGAUGUUUCUGUUCAUCAAACUAGAGACUGAUGUACUUGUCCUCUUGCUUUCCCACAACUUUUCAACUGUUUCUGUUCUGUUCAAGGCAGCUGUUUUCAGCUUUUCUGUUUUAUACAAACUGUGAAUCAAUUGACUUAGAAUACUCUUGAGGCGUUUCAGAAGAAAGAUAUUUCUCUUUGGCUGUUUUGCGACUUUAAAGCAGCCUAAAGAUUCUCAACAAAGGUACUUUGUUUAAAAAACAAAAGCAUUUUGGAGUGACCCUAAACCUUUUGGGAGCAAUGUGCUUUAUCUUUUUAGCACAGUGGCUGAAAGGUCAUUGCUAAUGUUAUGUUUGGACGCAUUAAUACAAAAAUCAUAUUAACUUCUUAUAUGUAAGGUUGUAUUUUAACCUUGGAACACCUGUUCUAUGGUUAAACUGGGAAUAUGGUCACUUAACCCACCUUUGAACAACACUGGAUCCACUGGACCAGGCUAAUGCUAGCAUAGGCUAACGCUCGUCUAAGCUAGUAGUAGCGUAGGCUAAUAUCAGUAUAGUGCGUUCUAUUGUCUUGGAAGUCUGAGCUGGGAGUGAUGUCAUUUCCAGUAGUAAAGUCAUAACAGCAAGACAAAAAAAGGAUUUAUGUUGCUCCUUGGUAAGGUAGAAUCAUACUUCAAUAGCAAUACAGGGCAUGCUGUACUUUCAUGCAUACAGUUUGAGCAGUGCUCUGCAUAUGAUUUAUUUUAGUGAGUCACCUAUGUUCAACAAUGGCAGCGCACAUUAAAAGUUUCAUAGUUUUACCACUUUUUACAUUCCCCUGGAUUGUUAAGUCAGCCCUGUUGGGGCUGCUCAGACUUUCCAAGUUCAUAAUGUGAUGUGAGGGUGCUGUGCCCAGCUGAAAAUUCUGACUUCUAAUUUUAAAGUACAAUGGAACGCACUAUAAGCUGGUAGCAGCAGAUUUCAAGCUAAUAUAGACAAACACUGCUAUAAAAUAAUGCUAGAAUAAGCCGUUGUAAGCUAGGGGUAGCAUAGCUUAACUAGUAUAGGCUAAUGCUUUUUUUAAAGUAAUGCAAGCAUAAACCACUAUAAGCUAGUGGUAGCAUAGGCAAAUACUGGCAUAGGCUAACGUUCUUAUGCUAGCAUAAGCCAAUGCUGAUAAAAGCUAACAAAGUCCUACAAAAUGCUGAGUAAUAGCUGCCUUUUUUUUUUUUUUUUUUUUUUUUUUUUUUUUUUUAAUGUUGUUCGAGACAGAAUACUCCAUGUUAAUCAUUUAACAUACACAACAGUGCUAUAAUAUUGAGUGGCUGUAGACUGAGUGAUUGAAGCUUCAAGUUAACCCUUAAAUGUCUAUUCGCAAACUGUUAAGUUUCCAUGCUAAUAAUUUUGCUUUGGCUACUAAUUUAUUAUUUAAAGAGAGAUAAUUUAGCGACCAAUUUCUGUGUUACUGUCAUGUUCAUGUUAUUUAAAGGUCAAAGUUGUGGAUUCUUGAAAUACAAAUGAGGACAGUGGGGUCUCUUCAGGUCUUGUGACAGAGGAUGUGGUAGUUUGCUGCUUUCUUUAGUCUCACAUAUCCAUAUAUCAGGUUUGAGCCUUCUUUUUCUGACUGCUGGUUUAAAAGCUACAAUGGGUUUUUAAAUUCUAAUCAAAUAUUCACAUCAAUUUAGAUGAAGAUUAUGUGUGCUGGAUUUGGGAGUAAAUUUAACAUUAGAAAACAAUAUUUUGCUGUUUCUUCUGAUGAGAUGUCAAUAAAAUAUAUUUAACCAUAAAGAUACUGAACGGGUUAGAAUAUUGAGCACUGCAAAAAGGAAAACUGUGUUGCUGGUACUGAUUUUGAUCUGUGGACAGUGAACCAAACUUGGUCUCCAGUGCCUUGUGAAAAAUCUAUUUGUGACACCCAUAAAAACUCAGUUAAAAAAAGAGCUAAGAUGGCAGGCAGUGUUUACAGGUUGUGGCUGUAUUUGUCAUGUUUGUUGUCAUCCUCAAAGAGAAAUUAUAUUUCAGUUAUUUUUGGUCUUCUCAGCAAUCAUUAAGACAUAUCUAAUAGAAGCAAGAUUUCAGAAGCUAUAAAGUUGACCUAUGAUGCUCGUCUGUAUUUCUAUUCUUAUGUUCUUCUCGAGUUACUUUGCAUGAUUCAAGGUUCAAAAUGAUUAGUAUAUGUUGUAUACUGGGCUCUUGAGCAGGGAUACUUCCUGCCCCUUUAAAUGAACUUUCCCCUCCCACAAGUGGGUGGGGCUUCUUUACUUACCAUAUUAGGGAUGUCCACCAAUGAGAUCAUACAUAGCCAGGUGUGGAAAAAAAACAAUCUAAAACCAAAUGUUUAAAGCAAAACUGAUCCUGUCUUACCUAAUUCUUUCAAACUUUGAUCAUGUUAUGAGCAAAGAAAAUAGAUAACAGAAAAUAUGGAAGAGCAUAUUAGGUUCACUUUAAACAAUCUGAAACAAACCACCACACAUAUAUCGACAGGUCUUCAGUACACUUUAUUUGAUCCUGCUGAAAUUAUGGCAUUUAUGUAAUAAAUAAUCUUAUAUUUAGCAUUUUAUAGCAUUUCAUUAGUACUUGAACCAUUCAAAUGUCUCUCUUAGGCUUAAGUUUGUUUGCAGUGUUUCCAUCGAUUUAGCGGGAUGUGUCUGUUUUAGAAGUUUGGAUUGAAAUCUUUCUGUCCAUAUCACUCGCCCUUCCUGAUUAAAUGCAGCACUUUCACAACCUUUAACACUUCCUGCCCUGCAUUAUUUUUGAUAACAUUCUAAUUUUUCAUACAUAUAUAUCACGAUUGAUGUAUCUGUCCUUUUUUUUGUGGUGUGACCGUUCUUUUUUGUUUUGUUUUGUUUUUGGGGGGGUUUUGAGGAAAUUUCCUAUCUGAAAAUGAGACUGGAGUGUUUUAUGAGAUAAUAUGAGGAGUCAUGUAUUGUUGCAGCUUGUGAAUUCAGAGCACCCCUUUAAAAUUCAAUAAAUUUGAUUUGGUAGACUGUUUUGAA